GCCUCACUGCCUGCAGUCCCAACUCCAGGCACCAUGUUCUCCGCUGGGCCCCCCAGCUACACCCUCCUCCGGCUCCCCCUGCUGCAGUUGCUGCUGCUGCUGGUGCAGGCCGUGGGGAGGGGGCUGGGCCGCGCCAGCCCGGCUGGGGGCCCCCUGGAGGAUGUGGUCAUCGAGAGGUACCACAUCCCCAGGGCCUGUCCCCGGGAAGUGCAGAUGGGGGACUUUGUGCGGUACCACUACAACGGCACUUUCGAGGAUGGCAAGAAGUUUGACUCGAGCUAUGACCGCAGCACCUUGGUGGCCAUCGUGGUGGGCGUGGGGCGCCUCAUCACCGGCAUGGACCGAGGCCUCAUGGGCAUGUGUGUCAACGAGCGGCGCCGCCUCAUCGUGCCUCCGCACCUGGGCUAUGGCAGCAUCGGCGUGGCGGGGCUCAUCCCACCGGACGCCACCCUCUACUUCGACGUGGUCCUGCUGGAUGUGUGGAACAAGGCAGACACCGUGCAGGUGAGCAUCUUGCUACGCCCGCCCCACUGCCCCCGCAUGGUCCAGGACAGCGACUUUGUCCGCUACCACUACAACGGCACUCUGCUGGAUGGCACCUCCUUCGACACCAGCUACAGUCGGGGCGGCACUUAUGACACCUACAUCGGCUCUGGUUGGCUAAUCAAGGGCAUGGACCAGGGACUGCUGGGCAUGUGUCCUGGAGAGAGAAGGAAGAUCAUCAUUCCUCCAUUCCUGGCCUAUGGGGAGAAAGGCUAUGGGACUGUGAUCCCCCCGCAGGCCUCCCUGGUCUUUCACGUCCUACUCGUUGACAUCCACAACCCAAAGGACACUGUCCAGCUAGUGACACUGGAGCUACCCCCGGGCUGUGUCCGGAGAGCCGUGGCCGGGGACUUCAUGCGAUACCACUAUAAUGGCUCGCUGAUGGACGGCACCCUCUUUGACUCCAGCUACUCCCGCAACCAAACCUACAAUACCUAUGUCGGGCAGGGUUACAUCAUCCCGGGCAUGGACCAGGGGCUGCAGGGCGCAUGCGUAGGGGAGCGCCGGAGAAUCACCAUCCCGCCCCACCUCGCCUACGGGGAGAAUGGAACUGGAGACAAGAUCCCUGGCUCUGCCGUGUUGAUCUUCAACGUCCACGUCAUCGACUUCCACAACCCUGCAGAUCCCGUGGAAAUCAAGACACUGUCCCGGCCCUCUGAGAGCUGCAAUGAGACUGCCAAGCCUGGGGACUUUAUUCGAUACCACUACAACUGCUCUCUGCUGGACGGCACCCAGCUCUUCUCCUCGCAUGACUACGGGGCACCCCAGGAGGCGACUCUGGGGGCCAACAAGGUGAUCCAAGGCCUGGACAUAGGUCUGCAGGGCAUGUGCGUGGGAGAGAGACGGCAGCUCAUCGUGCCCCCGCACCUGGCCCACGGGGAGAGCGGAGCCCGGGGGGUCCCUGGCAGUGCUGUGCUGCUGUUUGAGGUGGAGCUCGUGUCCCGGGAGGACGGGCUGCCCACAGGCUACCUGUUUGUGUGGCACGAGGACCCUCCUGCGAGCCUGUUUGAAGACAUGGACCUCAACAAGGAUGGAGAGGUCCCCCUGGAGGAGUUCUCCACCUUCAUCAAGGCUCAAGUGAAUGAGGGCAAAGGUCGCCUUAUGCCUGGGCAGGAGCCUGAGAAAACCAUAGGGGACAUGUUCCAGAACCAGGACCGCAACCAGGACGGCAAGAUCACUCUCGAGGAACUCAAGCUGAAGUCAGACGAAGACCAGGAGCCGGUGCAUGAGGAGCUCUGAAGGGCAGGGGCCUGGGCCUGGCCCCAGAUACAAAGGCCCACUGCUAGGGGGAUGUGGCAGUGGGACUGACCUGCUGACAGUCACCCUCCCUCUGCUGGGAAGACGUCUAGGAGCCAGACGUCUAAAAAGUUGUCAGAGGAAACAUCUGUAGUCUUCCCGCAGCACAGAUCUCUGUUCCAUUUUCCUCUUCCAACCCCAAAGUCCUUCCUUGAAAGGAGUUACAAAGCCAGUUUGGGGGCGGUGGGGUCCGAGGUUGGAUAGGGCCAUUGCUGGCCCCUGGCCCACCCACCCCACAUUACUAGACAGGGCUGAGCUCACUUUAUUUCCCCAAACUUCCCCUUUAUUUGUGCUUCUCCUCGCCAUCCCCACCUCCCCAGGAGCAUGGAUCUGGGCUAGGGGACCCCUCCGGCCCUCCUCCCCAGCCCUGACCGGCUGCCAGGGUAGCUCCCGGAGGGCAGCCCUACCUCACCUGUCUCGUCCGCCCUUCUCAGUUCUCACUUGCCUCUGGUCGGGGCUGAGCUGUCCCUGGGGUGCUGGAGGUCAGGGCUGGACUUCAAGUCACCCUUUUUCCCUAAAGAGGCUCCCUUCUCUAAGGCACCAUGAGAAUAAGAAAGCGAAGGGUGUGUGUGAGGUAGCCUGCUUAGGUGGGUUUUGGGGCUAUGAGAUCUUUGGGUUUGGGGCCGAGGGGUGGGAGGGCGGUGGGCAGAGCUCUGCACACUCAGAAAGCUAAACUGGUGUCAGAUCCCUCUCAUUCGUGCCAAAUAAAAGGUAAAAC